UCGGAUUUGACGAUGUAAAACGUAAUUCGAGGGUUUAGGACCCAGGGCUGUAGUUUGUACUGCUGCCUAUAUAGGAUCAAAAUAGUCUAGGUGGGGUUCUCUCAUUGUCUCCUCUUGACAAGGAUUUUGAAACAAAAUACACAUUUACCCUGGGCAGAUGCCUACCUACAGUUUCGAUCAAAUCAAUGAAAUAAAGAUAGCUAGGAGACCAGGGAUGCCUAACCUUUUUCACCUGCACUGGUCUGAAAGCGCAAUAUUUUGGGCCUAUUCUAUGGGGAGAUUGUCUAGCCAAGCCUGCCCUAUCAAGUCGGUGCAGACGAAGAAACUGAGGAAGCAAUAGACUUUAGACUCUUGGAAUGAUACACCCUCUGGUUAAAGUUUAUUUGGAGGCGUGCAGCUGUUAAACUUAUUCAUUUCUCUCCGUGAAAUCAGCACAGGUCUACUCUAGUAAGUAAUGGAGAUUCCAGUAUUCACUGUUGAUGCGUUUACCAAUUUACCUUUCAAAGGAAAUCCUGCAGCAGUUUGUCUGCUUUUACAUGAAUUGCAGGAUGAUAUGUACCAGAACAUUGCUGCUGAGAUGAACCUGUCAGAGACUGCCUUCAUCAUACGGCUGAAUUCAAAAGAUGACUUCAGCUCAGGAGCACGUUUUCGUUUGCGUUGGUUCACCCCCACCACUGAGGUUCCUCUGUGUGGCCAUGCCACCCUGGCUUCAGCUGCAGUACUGUUUUACAAAAAAAAAAAUGUCAACUCAACAGUGGUAUUUGAGACAUUGAGUGGAGAGCUGUAUGUGCGACAACAAGGGGAAUCUAUAGUGAUGGAUUUCCCCCUGAACAAACCUACUCCUGUGGGUCUUAAUGAAUUUAAAGACAUAGUUAAAGCUGCUGUGGGAGACCAGCCAGUUCAAGAAGUGUGCCUCUGUGCCAUCACCAAAAUGCUAAUGGUGUGCCUUGCUGACAGUUGUGACAGGUCAGUGCUCACAUCCCUGCAGCCAGACCCAGCAGUUCUGCUUCGUGUAGACACUGGCGGGAGGGUUAGGGGUCUGCUUGUCACCAGUAUUGGAGACCCUGGCUGUCAGCCUGGCUAUGACUUCUACUCCAGAAACUUCUUCCCUUGGUUCGGGGUUCCUGAGGACCCUGUGACUGGCUCUGCGCAUACUGUCCUUACAGGCUACUGGUCAGAGAAACUUGGCAAGAAAAAGAUGCUAGCCUAUCAGUGCUCUAGUCGUGGCGGGGAGCUGGAGCUUGAACUACAGGAUGAUGGCAGGCUCAAUAUCGCUGGCCAGGCGGUAACUGUCCUGCAGGGGAUUCUCACUGUGUAGAGACUAUGCUGUUUACUCAGAACGAGCCAAAUGUACAACAGGAGCAUAGCAAUUAAAUGUUUUAAAAAACUCUGA